AUGGACCAUCAGGAAACGGGUGGUUCAUUUUUCCAAGCCACGAAUGACUAUGGAGUAUUCCAGACAGACAUAACAACAUACAGCAUUGAGGAGCUGGUAGCAGUUACAUCUGAAUGCACCCCAAAAAACACAAGGGUGCAUCUCUCUGAGCAAGCAGCCUCCAUUCUGAAUUGUAAGAAGAAAUUUUUGGACUCCUCCCAGUUUGUGGUGCUGCUGGCCUCUCAAGAUGUCAGUGUGUUCUAAACACACACUACCCAGUCCCACCUCCCACUCUGGAACAUGGAAACUCAAUCAGUGGCAUUAUGUCUGGAUUUCAGAGCAGUCCCUUUGUUGGGUUACCUUCCUCAGGAUUUGAUUGGAACAUCCAUCUUGAUAUAUUUGCACCCAGAAGAUCACCCCCUUAUGGGCAUUCAUCAGAGGAUCCUGAAGUUUGCAGGCCAGCCUUCAUUUGAGCAUUUGCCCAUCAGAUUUUGUACUCAGAAUGGAGAUUAUGUCGAUACCAGCUGGUGCAGCUUUGUGAACCCCUGGAGUAGGAAAGUCGUGUUCAUCAUUGGCCAGCACAAAGUCCAAACGAGCCCUCUGAAUGAAGAUAUUUUUCCUGCAAGAAGCAAAGAGAUGAGCAGUGUCAAUAAAGAGAUAAGAGAAUUGCAAGGACAAAUGUACAAGCUCCUCUUGCAGCCAGUUCAUAGCAAUGAUUCUGAUGGUUAUGGAAGUCUUGGUAGCAAUGGGUCUUACAAACGUUACAUCAGCAUAGCGUCCUCUAGUGACCCCAGUGGGAAUUGUGCUGAGGAAAUACAGCAGAACUAUUUCCUCCUAACAAUAUCCUGGAGAGUUCAUCCUGUGAUAAUUCAAGGAAGAUACAACAUGUUCUAUCCUACCAGCAGAUCAGCUGUGUGGACAGUAUCAUCAGAAGUGACUGCAAUAGAAGAUGCCACUGUGGGGCGUGAACAAAUUGAGCUGCCUCCUCUGAAUGCUCAGAGUCCCACUGUGGUUCUUGAGGAAUUUAAGCAAGUUGGGCUAACAAAGGAGGUUUUGUCAGCCUACACUCUGAAAGAGGAGCAGAACUACAUUGACGGGCUCCACCAGAGGAUGUUGUCAUCUCUGUAUAGGUCCUGUCUCUAGCAAGGGAGCAGAAGCAACAGUGGAUUUUCCCAUGGUCAAAGUAGGCACCAGUUGUUCUGUAUGGUAAAUGAAUUACUAAUUGAGUCUAGUUCUGCAUCUUGUGACCUAAUCAAUAUCUUACUAGUACUGCAAAUCCAAGCAGGAUGUUUUCUUCUAACUGCUGGGGCUUAAUAGUAGUCACAGCACAGAAGUCUCUACCCAGUCCUAGAUACUGCUAUCCUGGACUUGUAUCAGGACAUGUAACUCUUACAAUAAAUGCUGCAAAAGGCCACACAGCAGUGUAAUGCCUCCUAUUACUAGGACUCCAAUACGCUGAAAAAAUAGGUCGGGGUAAGCCUAGGAGAGCAGUCAGAGGGGCUGAUGGAAUAUAGAAGAGGACUGUCUGGGCCUGCUAGCAAAAAUUUUCCUACCUUGACUGAGAAACUGUCCAGGGGGCAUAUUCUGCUAAAUUUAACUCUCUGAAUGUGUUGCAUAUUCUGCAUUAUUUCUCUGAAGGCCUGUCUCUGUCUCUCCAGACCUGCUACUUCAGUGAGUGACUAUUUUUCCUCUCUUUUAGGAGACUCCUCUUCAAAGCAGACCAGCCCAGUUAGCUGUAGAAGAGGCAAAUAUAGAAACUCAAGUGCCAGAACCCACUAGAGCCCUCAUACAGGUGUUCAUCUAAUAGAAAUGAUCUUCCACACAGGAAGAGAACAAAUUCUGGGAAACAGUUCUGCUCUCCUCUGAAGCAGUGGUUCCCAAACUUUUUCCACCGCUUGUUCAGGGAAAGCCCCUAGCGGGCUGGACUGGU